AUUGAACUCUCAUUCCCAUACCAUCCCCUUGCCUUCAGUCCUUUUCUCUCGACUAAAGCCAGCUUUCUGCUUUCUGCUUUCUACACUUGCCUUUGCUCACCUCAAUACUUCAUAUAAGCUCAAAUUCUAAUCGCUAAUGGCCUCCUGGACAGCAAGACAAAACAAGAAGUUUGAAGAGGCUUUAGCCAUAUAUGACCGGGAGACUCCUGACCGUUGGUAUAAUAUUGCAAGAAUGGUAGGAGGGAAAUCGGCAGAAGAAGUGAGGAGGCAUUAUGAACUUCUUGUCAAGGAUAUAAUGCAGAUAGAAAACGAUCAAGUGCCAUUGCCAAAUUACAGGGCUGCUGAAAGCAACGGCAGAGGAUAUGCUAAUGAACAGAGGCUUCUGAGGAAUCUGAGGCUUCAGUAAAGCUAACAUGUGACAACUACUUAAGCGAGAAGAUGUGUAAAAAGAAAAAUUGCAGAACCGGGGCGUAUGAAUUCAACAUCUCUACGCCUAUAUCUACUUAAUCUCACCAAUUUCUUACCGCUAUUUUCACAUGUAAUACAGCUAUUGUUCAGUUGUUUCUGCUUAUUUUCUUGUUGUUCGCUGCCCUUAAGUGUCUAAUAUACUGUGUUUUUCAUUGAA